AACUUUCAAUCAUCCAACCUUCACCGCACUACACUAUCGUCCGGUACGGCCAUCACAAUGAGGCUACGCAAUCAGGAUGACUUCCGGGUCUUCUCGCUAGGGGUUCACACGGAUCAAGGUAUCGUACUAGUAUAAUGGCAGUCACGGCUCGCGCAUGACAGGUGUUCGACUCGGGGCCUUGUCCUCAAUUCCCGGCCAGUGGUGAAUUCCUACGCCGCAGCACUGGCUGUGUCUUGAGGGCAGGGACUCGAUCGUUCUGAGAUUAUACUGUCAUAACUUGAUCUAGAUAAUACUAGCGAAAGGACAUGCGUGGCACUGAUUGUUCCAUACCCCUGCAACCAAGAUGGAAGGGGAGCUUGUCUCCCCAUUGCUGACAAUGUCCAGUACUUUGAUCUUCUUGACUUGAACUCUGUGCCAAGAUGUCUACUGACAAGAUCACUUUCCUGACCAACUGGCACGCGACCCCGUACCACGCCCCACUGUACCUUGCGCAGAGCAAAGGCUUCUUCAAUGAGGAGGGUCUCAAGGUUGCCCUGCUCGAGCCCAAUGACCCCUCCGAUGUCACCGAGAUCAUCGGAAGCGGCAAGGUGGACAUGGGUUUCAAGGCCAUGAUUCAUACUUUGGCUGCCAAAGCUCGCAACUUUCCUGUCACCUCGAUCGGCUCUCUCCUUGAUGAGCCCUUCACCGGAGUCAUCUACCUCAAGGGUGGCGGAAUCACUGAGGACUUUCGCUCCCUGAAGGGUAAGAGAAUCGGUUACGUCGGCGAGUUUGGCAAGAUCCAAAUUGACGAGCUGACCAAAUACUACGGCAUGACGGCGGACGACUACACUGCUGUGCGCUGUGGUAUGAACGUGACUAAAGCGAUCAUCGAGGGUACCAUUGACGCGGGAAUCGGUCUGGAGAACGUGCAGAUGGUCGAAUUGGCCAACUGGCUGGCGAGCCAGAACCGGCCGCGUACUGACGUGCAGAUGCUGCGCAUCGACCAGCUCGCUGAGCUCGGCUGCUGCUGCUUCUGCUCGAUCCUGUACAUCGCCAACGACGCCUUCCUGGCCGCUAACGGGGAGCGUGUCCGCAAGUUCAUGAAGGCCGUCAAGCGUGCGACCGAGUACGUCCUCGCCUCGCCCGCCCAGGCGUUUGAGGAGUACGUGGCCAUGAAGCCCAUCAUGGGCACCCCGGUCAACCGGCAGAUCUUCGAGCGGUCGUUCGCAUACUUCAGCCGCGACCUCAAGAACGUCCAGCGCGACUGGAACAAGGUCACCAACUACGGCAAACGGCUGGGGAUCUUGGAUGCGGACUUCCAGGCCAAUUACACCAACGAGUUCUUGUCCUGGGAGCUGGAUGCUGACUCCACCGAUCCGCUGGGCGAUCAGAAGCGCAUGGCGGAGUUGCAGAAGGAGGUGGCCGACCAAGGUGGAUUCCGUCGGCUGGUUGCCUCUGCUUGAUUCUGCCAAGAGAAGAUUCUUGCUACAGCAACACACUGUCAACAUGAUAAGGCUGGCGGAUUUGAGGAUGCGCUGGUUAUGCACUCGUUAACAUGAAUAUCUAUUGAGCUUUGGCCCCA